UCAAAUGAUCACUCGGCGCGCCGCGACAAAACACCAAUCCAACUGACAGUAGCGCUUCCUGCACGCCUCUCCUCCCCUCCUCUUUUACCGUUUUCUUUAGUGCGAUAAGUGCAACUGAAGUGAUAUUUUCAAGUACAUUUACUUGACUGUACAAUGUAUAUUAAGUCUAUGGUAUUGGAAGGAUUCAAAUCAUAUGGAAAAAGAAUCGAAAUAAAUGGGUUCGAUAAAGAAUUUAACGCGAUCACAGGAUUUAAUGGUAGCGGGAAAUCAAACAUUCUCGAUGCAAUAUGCUUUGUUCUGGGAAUUUCGAAUCUUGGACAGGUGCGCGCAACAUCAUUACAAGACUUAGUUUAUAAAUCUGGUCAAGCAGGUAUAAAGAAAGCUAGUGUUACUAUAACAUUUGACAAUAGAGAUAGAAAUUCGUCACCUAUGGGAUAUGAACAUCAUGAAGAGAUAACAGUUACAAGACAAGUUGUAAUUGGUGGCAAAAAUAAAUACUUGAUCAAUGGAUCUAAUGUACAAAAUAAACGUGUCCAAGAUAUGUUUUGUUCUGUCCAAUUGAAUGUAAAUAAUCCACAUUUUUUGAUAAUGCAAGGAAGAAUUACGAAAGUUUUGAAUAUGAAGCCUAUGGAAAUUUUGUCUAUGAUAGAAGAAGCUGCAGGUACUCGAAUGUAUGAAAAUAAGAAAGAAGCUGCUUUAAAAACCAUAGAAAAGAAAGAUAGUAAACUAAAGGAAAUAAGUGAUAUUUUAAAAGAAGAGAUAGGACCAAAACUAGCAAAACUUAAAGAAGAAAAAACACAAUAUGUUGAGUUUCAACGUAUAGAAAGAGAAUUAGAUCACUGUAAGAGAAUUUACUUGGCAUGGAGAUACGUGACAGCCUUAAGAGAAUGUCAGAAUGCAGAAGAGAAUGUACAAAAUGUCAAAAAUAAAAUAGAAGAUAAAAAAAAAAGCAUUAGUGCUGGUGAUGAAGAACUUAAGAAUAUAGAGAAAGAAUUAGAUGAAAUGGCUAAAAAAAGGGAUGCAGAAGCAGGAGGUCAAUUAGAAUCUUUGGAGAAUGAAUUAAAAGAAGCAGAAAAGAAACAAUUUAAAUUGACAGCUGAAGUUAAUAGUAAUAAAGAAGAUAUUAAAACUGGCAAAAAAGAAAUAGAACAAUUAAAAGCUAAUGUAGUUGAUGAUGAAAAUGCUUUUACAUCAAAGCAGAAAGAAUAUGCCAAAGUUGAAGAUCUUUUUAGGAUAUUAAAAGAGACAGAUGAACAGGAUUGUAAGGCAGUAUUACUAGCGCAAGAAAAGUACCAAAAAAUUAGUUCUGGUUUGUUAGAAAGUCAAGAUGGCGAAAACGCAACAUUGGAACAACAAUUAAUAAGUGCCAAGCAAAAUGUAACAGAAGCACAAACGCAACGUAAGCAAUGUGAAAUGACAUUAAAUCAUAAUAGAGAACAACUAAAGAAAAGGAAAGUAGAUUUAAAAAAUACUGGAGACGAAUACAAAAAAUAUACUAAAGAUCUUGAAAACAAAGAAAAAGAAAUAAAAUAUUUAAAAAACGAAUUAAAGAAAUUAAAUUACGAAAAUGGAUCUGUAGAACGACUUAGAGAAGAAAAACGUGCACUAACGAACGAAGUAUUAACAUUGGAAGAAGAAGUGGAUCAUUUUGAAUCAAGAUAUCCUCAAAUUAGAUUUGAAUAUCAAAAACCAGAUCCUAAUUUUAAACAUGAUUCUGUGAAAGGAGUCGUAUGCAAAUUAAUCACAGUAAAAGAUAAAAAAGCAGCAUAUGCUUUAGAUAUAGCUGCAGGAGGGAAGUUAUAUAAUGUAAUAGUAGAUACAGAAACUACUAGCAAGAAAAUACUUCAACAUGGUCAGCUACAAAGACGUGUAACUAUUAUUCCUUUGAAUAAAGUAAAUGGAAGACCUAUGGAUAAUCAAUUAAUUAAUUUAGCACAGAAGAUAGGUGGUGUGGAAAAUGUUCAACCAGCAUUGUCUCUCAUAGAUUUUCCAACAGAAACUACACCUGCUAUGACUUGGAUUUUUGGACAAAUCUUUAUUUGUAAAGACAUUGAAACUGCUAAAAAGAUAGCAUUUCAUGAUAAUAUAAUGAAAAAGUGUGUUACUUUAGAAGGAGAUGUUGUUGAUCCUGCUGGUACGUUAUCUGGUGGUGCAGCAUUAAAAACUGGAUCAGUUCUUUUGAAAUUAGAUGAAUUAAAAACUGUACAAAAUAAAUUAAAUUUCAAAAAACAAGCGCUUCAAAAUGUUGAGUCUACAUUAAUGAAUAUAAACAGUGUUGCUGAAAAAUACACUUCAUUAAAACAAACGUUCGAUUUACGGAACUACGAAAUCGAUAUGGUGAAACAAAGAUUAGAACAAACAGAAUAUUAUAAAAUAAAAGAAGAGAUUGAAUCCUUGGAGAAAAGUAUCGAACAACUUUUGCAAACAAUGGCAGUGGCAGAAAAAAAUGAGAAGGAAAGUACUACACAUGCUCAAAAUCUGGAGCAUCAAUUGAAAGAUGCUGGUAAUAUCCGUGAAAGACAAUUAAAUGAAGCCAAAUCUGAAUUAGAAAAAUUAAAGAAAAAAGCUGAAAAUAGCCGUAAAGAGUGGGAAAAACGAGAACAAGAAGCAGAAGUGCUUAAGUUGGAAAUAGAAGAAUUACAGAAAAGUAUUGUAGCUGGGAAAGAACAGUUAGUAGCAUCCGAAGAAAAAUUGAAUGUAGUAGAAGAAAAAGUAACUGUGUUGGAACAAGAAUUAAAUGAAGUGAAAGCUAAUGUAAAACGAAUACAAUCCGGUAUAAAAGAACAAAAAGACAUUAUUAAUAAGCAAAAUGUUUAUAUGCAGAAGCUUAUGAUACGAAAAGAAGAUAUCAUAAAACAAAGUAAAGAAGCAGAAUUAGAUAUUAAAAAGCUAAACCAUGAAAUUAAUUCAAUUAAAAAUAUUGCUACAGAUUGUAAAGAAAAAGUUUCAGAACUUACACGGAAGUAUGAAUGGAUUGAAGAGAAUAAAAUUUAUUUUGGGAAAGCUGGCGGUAUUUAUGAUUUUAAUGUCAAUAAACCGAAUGAAAUGGAACAAAAAAUACAACAGCUGCAAUCAAUCCGUGAAAAUUUAAGCCGAAAUAUCAAUACACGUGCUAUUAGUCUUCUUGAUAAAGAGGAAGAACAAUAUAAUGAAAUGGUGAAGAAAAAGAAAAUAGUUGAAAAUGACAAACGAAAAAUAUUAGAGACAAUUAAACAUUUGGAUGAGAAAAAGAAAGAAACAUUAUUGGAAGCUUGGGAACAAGUAAACAAAGAUUUUGGAUCAAUUUUCAGUAGUUUACUGCCAGGAGCUGAUGCAAAAUUGCAACCCCCUGAGAAUCAAACAGUUACUGAAGGAUUAGAAGUGAAAAUUGCAUUUUCUGGAAUUUGGAAAGAAUCGUUAGGAGAAUUAUCUGGGGGACAAAGAUCUUUGGUUGCCUUGUCCCUAAUAUUGGCUAUGCUUUUAUUCAAACCUGCUCCACUUUAUAUUUUGGAUGAAGUUGAUGCUGCAUUAGAUCUUUCUCAUACGGAGAAUAUUGGUAUAAUGUUAAAAAAACACUUUAAACAUUCACAAUUUAUUGUUGUGUCAUUAAAGGAUGGAAUGUUUAACAAUGCUAAUGUAAUAUUUACAACUAGAUUUAUUGAUGGAAUGUCAACAGUGUCUAGAAGUGAAAGAAUAAGAGUUAAGUAAAUAUAUCAUACAUUUUUCAAUCUACAUAAAUCUAUUUGUAUAAAUAUACAUAUAUAUAAAUUAAUUUUAUAUCUAAUAAGUAUUUUUUUAAAAUGAUGCUCCUGUACAAUAGUAUGUUGUGUAAUUUUUAUAAAUUAUGUCUGAAGUGCGUAUAUCAUAUUUUCAUUAUUAAAAAAAUUCCAAAUAUUGGAUUCCAUAUCAAGAUAUAGAAAUAUAAUUUAUAUUUCUAGAAUUAUAUCGAUUAUAUUAUAUAUACAUAUAUUUACAUAUGAGUAUAAUAAUAAAUGAUAAUGAUAAAAAAUUAACUUUGUCUUCAUAAACUACAUCUUUAUAAAAUAUACAUAUAAUUAGUAAAUUUUAAUAUUUUGUGAAUGUAUAAAUGCUUUUGUAAAAUACUGUUCAAAUAUGUAUAUCUUACUCAAAAGAAGAGCUAUAAAUCUCUGUUUUAAAAGGAAUCCAUCAUUGAUGGGAAUUUUUUUAAUAUCGAUAUAUUCUCUAAAAACAUAGUACGA